GCACACAAUUGUAUAGAGUCUUAUACAUAAUACACAUAUGUAUUAACUAUAGAGAUAAAGUGCCACCGAAGUGUAAUAAUUUUGUAGUUGCUGUGUAGAGGAGAACUGUAAUUCGGGGUGAAUUACUUAAAUAAUAAUAGUAAAGAUGACUGACAAUGAAUCCCAAAAUACUGGGGAAGAUCAGCCGCAGGAGAAAACUGCCAAACAAUUGGAAAAAGAAGCUAAGAAAGCUGCUAAGUUAGAAAAACUCAAAGCCAAGCUGGACAAGAAGAGCGCGGCACCAGCUGUUACGAAAGAAAAGCCAGAGAAAAAAAUUAAGGAAUCAAAAGAAGCGGCAGUGUACACGGCCAACACAGCGCUUGGUGACAUGAAGGACAUCAGUGGUGCUAUGCCCGAUGCCUACAGCCCCCGGUAUGUUGAGGCUGCAUGGUAUGCAUGGUGGGAGAAACAGGGUUUCUUUAAGCCAGAGUAUGGUAGGAAAUCAAUAUUGGAUCCCAAUCCGAAGGGUAAUUUCGUGAUGGUUAUACCUCCCCCUAAUGUCACUGGAACACUGCAUCUUGGACAUGCACUGACCAACGCCGUUGAAGAUGCACUAACUAGGUGGCAUAGAAUGAAUGGGCGUACAACACUUUGGAAUCCUGGUUGUGACCAUGCCGGAAUUGCUACACAAGUUGUGGUAGAAAAGAAGCUUUGGAAAGAAGAGAAAAAAACUCGGCAUGAACUUGGCAGAGAAGAGUUCAUCAAACGAGUUUGGGACUGGAAGAAUGAAAAAGGAGUCCGGAUAUACGAGCAGCUUCGGUCUCUCGGUUCAUCCUACGACUGGUCCAGAGUCCGCUUCACGAUGGACCCAUCAAUGUGCCGAGCUGUUAAUGAGGCCUUCAUAAGAUUGCACGACGCUGGAGACAUCUAUCGUGCGAACCGAUUGGUCAACUGGUCCUGUACGUUGAAGAGCGCUAUCUCUGACAUAGAAGUAGAUAAAUUAGAAUUGACUGGAAGAACUCUGUUGGCAAUACCAGGAUAUGAACAGAAGGUCGAGUUCGGAGUACUGGUUCACUUUGCGUACAAAGUUGAAGGCUCGGAUGAGGAGGUGAUAGUGGCUACCACUAGAGUAGAAACUAUGCUUGGGGAUGUGGCUGUGGCUGUCCACCCUAACGAUGCCAGGUAUAAACACUUAAUUGGCAAGAAUUUGACUCAUCCAAUUUGCAAUCGCAAGAUGCCCAUCAUUGCUGAUGAAUAUGUGGACAUGGCUUUUGGAACAGGCGCAGUAAAGAUCACCCCGGCCCACGACCCCAACGACUACGAGCUCGGCCAGCGGCACAAACUGCCGCUCAUCAACAUCCUGUCCGACGACGGCACAAUGCUCGACAACUGCGGCCCCUUCGCGGGUAUGAAACGUUUCGACGUUCGUAAAGCGAUUGUCAAGAAGCUCGAGGAGUUGAAACUGUACAAGGAGACCAAGGACAACACCAUGGUGGUGCCGCUCUGCAGCCGGUCUAAGGACGUCGUCGAACCGAUGCUGAAGCCUCAGUGGUACAUCCGUUGCGAUAAAAUGGCGGCCGACGCUAUUGCGGCCGUCAAGACCGGGGAGCUGAAGAUUAUCCCGGACGUCCACGAGAAGACCUGGUACCACUGGAUGGAGAACAUUCGAGACUGGUGCAUCUCCCGUCAGCUGUGGUGGGGACACAGGAUUCCGGCGUACAAAGUCUCACUGCCCGCUGCUCAACAGCAUAAAGAAGAAGAAUUAUGGGUAUCUGGUCACACGCAAGAGGAAGCCUUAGCCAAAGCCGUCUCGAAGUUCGGAGUUUCGGCUUCGGAGGUCACGCUGCGUCAGGACGAAGACGUUCUGGACACCUGGUUCUCGUCCGGACUCUUCACCUUCUCAAUAUUCGGAUGGCCCGACGAGACCGACGACUUAAAGGCAUUCUAUCCUGGGACCCUGUUGGAAACCGGCCACGACAUCUUGUUCUUCUGGGUGGCCAGGAUGGUGUUCUUCGGACAACGUCUCAUGGGGAAGCUGCCUUUCAAAGAGGUAUACCUCCACCCGAUGGUCCGCGACGCUCACGGCCGGAAGAUGUCCAAGUCCCUGGGAAACGUCAUCGACCCGGUGGACGUGGUGCGAGGAGUCACCCUCGAGGAGUUGCACCGGCAAUUGGAAGACUCUAACUUGGACCCGCGGGAAGUGGAGAAGGCGAAGCAAGGACAGCAGCAGGACUACCCCAACGGCAUCCCGGAGUGUGGCACCGAUGCGCUCAGGUUCGCUCUGUGCGCGAUGACCCAGGGCCGCGACCUCAACCUGGACAUCCAGCGCGUGCAGGGCUACCGGUUCUUCUGCAACAAACUCUGGAACGCGACCAAAUUCGCCCUCAUGUAUUUCCCGAAGGACUCCACUUACGAAGUGCACGGCCCUAAUCUACCCGCGGACUUGUCGCGCAUGGACCGUUGGAUGCUGUCCAAGCUCGCGCUCGCGGUCCAGAGAGUGAACGGCGGCUUCGCGGCCUACGAGUUCCCAGCGGCGACCACGCACUGCUACAACCUGUGGCUCUACGACCUGUGCGAUGUCUACCUGGAAUAUCUGAAGCCGGUGUUCGCGUCUGGCGACGAGGAGGAGAAGUCUCGCGCCCGUCGCACCCUGUACACCGCGCUGGAGUACGGCCUGAAGCUGCUUAGUCCCUUCAUGCCGUUCGUAACCGAGGAGCUGUUCCAGCGGCUGCCGCGGAGGGACCGGAGCUGCCCGUCCGUCUGCGUCGCGGACUAUCCGACGGAUCCGGAUACGCCAUGGCGUUCGCAGGAACUAGAAUCGGCAGUGGACACGGUACUCAAAAUGGUUCACUUGAUCCGUUCGACUCGCGUCGAAUACAACCUGACCAACAAACAGAAGACGACAGUACACCUCAUCGUGUCCCCGGAACUGGACGCGGCCGACCUGAGAGGGAUCUUCAAGAGUCUGCAGUCUCUGGCCAACAGUGAACUGAGCGAAGAUGCUCCACCUAUAGGAUGUGCUAUAUUGACUGUAUCGGACAAGAUCGAAUUACAUUUGGUGUUGAAAGGCCUUAUAGACCCGCAAAAGGAAAUAACAAAAUUGGAAAAGAAGAAGGAAACUCUUUUGCAAACAAUCAACAAGCUUCAACAGGCGAUGACUGCAGAAGAUUAUACCACAAAAGUGCCGGUUGAAGUGCAAAAGAUCAACACCGAGAAACUGGCUCAAUCUCAGGGCGAGAUCGAGAAGCUACUGUCCGCCAUCGAAACAUUAAAACUAAUGUAAUCACAAACACGUAUAUGAACUAACCAUAGAGAAUUUUAAACAUGGAAGUAACAUUUUGAAAAAUAUAGAUAGACCUAAGGUUACAAAUGCUACUUAUGUUAUGUUGCCUAGGAAUAAUGUCAACCCGCUGAAAGGUUAGGAUUUAUUAUUUUAAUGUAUAUAUUUAUGUAGCACAUUAUAAUUUACAUUUUUACACGUUUAUUCAGCUUGUUUUUUAUGUAUAAUAUGGUUUUGAAUGUAUAUUUAUGCUACAGGAAGUUUUUUUAUUUAAAUUGUAAAAGAAACUGUGAUUAUGAAACCAAUACUUAUUGUUACAUUAAAUAAUCAGUUAUCUUUAAUUUUUUAUCUAAUAAAUUAUGCAUUCUGCAAA